CCUGCAUGAACCCUAUGGACGCUCUUCACAUCGAUCCUCGCAAGACGUCUCAUCAGAUCAGAUGCAUCACCGGCGUUUAUUGCCCAGAGGGUGGACUUACCAAGGUCGAUAAAGAUGAACUUUUAGCGAAGAUUCUGCUAGCCGCGAAGAAAAUGAAACAUGGAGAAUUUGGUGAGUUCCACGCAGAACAAAUCAAAAUUUUUAUCGCAGAAGAACGAAGCUUCAGCCUCUAUCUCCACUACCAUAUUUGGAUCGAUUAUGGUGUGUACUCUACUCAAAACUUAAAAAGUCAAUUUUUCAUUACAAUUUAUUUUCACUUGAAAAUAAAUUCGAAUUGCGAUUAGCUCUCUUUGGUAGUCCUAAUUCAUGCUACAUCAACUCCUCUAACCACAGUGUCCUGAUAGGACUAGACGCUUUGGUGAGCUGGUCAAUCUCAUCGAGAAAGAAGGGCUCAAAGUUGAUUGGCGAACAGUGAGGGUCGGAAAAGGACAUAGCGUGCGGUCUGAGAUAAUGGAUUAUCUUUACAUUUACGAGCACUCUUCUGAAUACUUAGCUCUAGCAUUUGUUGCUCUUGUGACAAAAAAAAAAUUUGUUCGUCUUGCUUUUCGCUACUCUAACUUAGCCCGAAGGACGACAAAAUUAUCGACAGUAAGCCGACUUUGUUCCUCUACGACGCGCCACAAGCCAUGAUAAACUUGCGACUGGCGACAAAGCGCAGACUCGCUGGGCGUCCGAUGAACGAUGCACAAGCGUUCUCCUGGCUCGAACAUCACCCAGAUAUUUGCGUCUUGGAAAUGGUCAAAGCAGACUCGCUUGUCACGAAGAUACGAAAAAAGUGCAUUUUGGAGAAGGAUGACAUGUACGACAUGCAUUGGGAACGCUAUUGGAGAUGGCUAUUGAAGACACAGCACAAGGACUACUGCAACAUGGUGAGCCGAGUUCUCAUGAAGAGGAAAGCACCACUACUCGAUCUUGACCUACGUACACGCCUGCAGCAGAGUUUGAGAGAGCCUUGCCGCUGUCACGAAGUCGAAGGCGGGUACGAAGGAGCAAAAUUCUUGUUAAGGUGCAGCAUCGUGCAAGUACAAAAUUCUUCUACCGAAAAAAAUCUGCACAGUAAGAAAAGAAGUGUGAGUAUAAGUUACUGACGAUAGUAUAUAUAAGUAAAAAUUAAACUUUCAAACCUGUCGAUAAGUAAAAGUUAAACUUUCAAACCUGUCGGUGUAAGUAUAAGUUUACUCUAAAUUGCGAAUUACGCAGAGUCGCGCAAUAUCAUGACAUCGAAGCUGAAUUAGGUGGAUUCUGUUAUGGUUCUUUAGUCCUCAUUCAACAACCCAACCGCACCUCUUACUGCUCCAGUAGGUGUGGUUUCGAACGCUUGAAUGAAGACUACCACGCUCUCUAAAAAUACACUCGGAUCCUGAACAACACUGCUGGAAGAGAAAAUAG